GAACUCAUCUAUGUGUGUGUUUUUUAACUGUUAGUUACUUUUGACAUUUUAAAAAAGGCCUCUUGUGGAAGUCAGACCAAAAGCAGGAAGAUACUGCAGCAAGAUGGAUUUGGGAAAGGACCAAUCUCUCUCAAAGCUCCAUCAGACACCUGUUCCUCGUCAAGAAGAGACCCAGGUUCCAGAAGUCAUUGGAACUUGGAGCUUGCGAAACAGAGAGCAACUCAGAAAAAGAAAAGCUGAAGCACAAGAAAAGCAAACGUCACAAUGGCAAAUUCGAGAGAAAAAACACAAGUGGCAACGAACAGGGAAAAGAAGUGAAAGAGGCAGAAAGAGACAACAAAACACAGAAAUGAAGUUGGAGCUUCCGUCACAAUUAGAAAAGGAAGUGAUGGAGAAAGCGCCAACACCUGGAGAGACAGAAAUCGAGCCACCUGGGCAUGUGACCGAAGCUCUCCCUCCGGCAGUGUCCCCACAAAGAGUUGCGCCCGAGAAACAUGUUUCUGAAGUAGGUCAAGAAAGUGUUACCCUUCAGGAAAAUUCUUCUGAGUACCAAGCAACAGCAGUACAAAACCACUCUUCUGAAAUAUGCCAAGAUACAGCUGAAUCUGAAGACCUCUCUCCUAAAAUGUGCCAAGAAAUAGCUAUAUUUCAAGACCAGCCUUUCAAAAUGUUCCGUGAUGUGGCUCAGCCUGAAGACGUCUCUCCUGAAACAUGCCAAGAAGCCAUUGCAGCCAAAGUCCUUUCUUCUAAAACAUCUGAAGAUACAGCUGACCUAGAGGGAUGCUCUCUUGAAACAUACCAGAAAAGACCUGAGCCCGAGGAACCUGAUUCUGAACCAGGUCAAGGAAUAGUUGAGACUGAAAGCUUUGUUUCUAACACACAGCAAGAAAUGGCUGAGCCUAAAGAGCUUUCUACGGAAACACACCAGGAAACAGUUGAACCGGAACACUUUUCUCGUAAAAUAUAUGAAGAAAUUGCUGGGUCUAAAGCCCCCUCUCAUAAAACAGCCCAAGAAACAUCUGUUCCUGAAAAAUAUCCCCCAGCGAUGUACCAAGAAACACCUGGGUCUGAAGAAUAUUCACUUGAAAUAUACCAAGAAACCCCAGGACCUGAAGAUGGUGCACCUGAAAUAUACCAAGAAACAGCUGGACCUGAAGACCUCUCUACUAAGACGUAUAAAGACAAAGAUGUUCCUAAAGAAUGCUUUUCCAAACUGUACCAGGCAAUAGGUGGAGCCCAAGACCAGGAUCCUAAAGCACAGCAGGAAGAUGCUAAGGAUGUUUAUACUUUUCCUCAAGAAAUGAAGGAAAAUCCCAAAGCAGAAGAACCAGAGAUAAUAGAAAUUCCAAAUGUGCUUCAAGAGAGUAACCCAGAAAAUGACAUCUAUAGUUAUGUUUUGUUUUAACAAUGUUCAACCAUCAUAGUCAUCCAACAAAAUACACAUCUUAGUACA